GUUACCAACACAGAUUAUUUUGUUUUGAUUCAUCAAAUUUUGAACAAUUGGCUAAUUAUUGUGUCAUUGCAUCCAUUUAAUUAAAAGAAUUGAAUUCGUAACGAGAUCAUCUUGCAUGCAAAAUGAAGGUGCGAAGUGGGGGCAGUACAUAAAAGGUCGUGAGGUCCCCCAACUGUAAUUUGCACCAUGAAGUUCGCUGUUUGUUUUGUUGUGCUUGUCGCUGUGGUGGCCUCCAGCUACGCCCUGCCGGCCAAGGGCUCCACCAAAGCGGCCCUGAAGAAGAAACCCUGUCUCAAAGACUGCGGAGAAGUCUACAAACCGGUCUGUGCUGGAGAUGGAAGUGGCAAAAACGACAAAUCGUUCGGAAGCGAAUGUGUCUUAUCGAACUACAACUGCGAAACCGGAAACAAUCUGAAGAUUCAAACCCAAGGCGAAUGUCCAGGUGGGGGUGGAGUUCGUCUCUCGUAAAAUCAUCACAAAAUAUAUUAUUUCACGUAUUUGUUUACUUUUUAUUUACUUUGGUUGAAUGCUUUGUAAGAGAAAUUCAAUGCACGUUUUUUAAUUAUGAACAAAUAUAAUUUAGCUUUCGA